GGGGAACCAAUAAAGUUGAGCGCGUUCAAAGGGGUCCUAAUCUUCCAGGGUCCACUGGGCAGGCCUGCAAAAUAAGGCCCCUAGAAACUCCCUGAGGUUUUCAAGUCUUCUCCCUCUCCUCGGAAUUUUUUCCCCUUCAUUCGCAUUACUUUUAUUCUGACGGAAACGGCGCGGGCUAGGCCCCAGGAGGGGCGUAUUUCAGGUGCAACUGGCCCGGCGAUCGCGGUGGGCAACCCCUACGAGGCCCCCGGUUGACUAGGAGCUGGCGGUCCGAGCUGUGGCUUGGAAGACCGAAGCGAUGAAGCCCAGACCUGCAGGGUUCGUGGAUAAUAAACUCAAGCAGCGAGUCAUCCAGUACCUUACCAGUAACAAAUGUGGCAAAUAUGUGGACAUUGGAGUCUUAGCGUCUGAUUUACAAAGAGUGUACAGUAUAGACUAUGGUCGAAGAAAAAGAAAUGCUUUUAGGAUUCAGGUAGAAAAAGUAUUUAGCAUAAUUAGUAGUGAGAAGGAACUUAAGAAUUUAACAGAAUUAGAAGAUGAACAUUUGGCAAAAAGGGCAAGACAAGGUGAAGAGGAUAAUGACGUCUCGCUCUGUCACCCAGGCUUCAGUGCACUGGCACAAUCAUGGCUUACCGCAGUCUUGACGUCCCAGGCCCAAGCGAUCCUCCCACCGCAGCCUCACAGGUAUACUGAAAGCUAUUCUGAUGAUGAUUCAAGUAUGGAAGACUACCCAGAUCCACAGUCAGCAAAUCACAUGAACAGUUCCCUGCUGUCUUUAUAUCGGAAAGGAAAUCCUGAUUCUGUUUCAAAUACUCCUGAGAUGGAGCAAAGAGAAACCACCUCUUCAACACCACGGAUAAGUUCCAAAACAGGCUCCAUUCCCUUGAAGACCCCUGCCAAAGAUUCUGAGGGAGGAUGGUUUAUUGACAAAACCCCAAGUGGAAAGAAAGACAGUUUUUUCUUGGACCUGUCAUGUGAGAAAAGUAAUCCUAAGAAGCCAAUAACUGAGAUACAGGAUUCAAAAGAUUCUUCUCUUUUGGAGAGUGAUAUGAAACGGAAAGGCAAGCUAAAGAAUAAAGGAAGCAAAAGGAAGAAAGAAGAUCUUCAGGAAGUAGAUGGAGAAAUUGAAGCUGUCCUGCAAAAGAAAGCUAAAGCCAGGGGUUUAGAAUUCCAGAUCUCCAACGUGAAGUUUGAAGAUGUGGGAGGCAAUGAUAUGACAUUAAAAGAGGUCUGCAAGAUGCUCAUACACAUGCGUCACCCGGAGGUGUACCACCACCUGGGCGUCGUGCCCCCUCGUGGAGUUCUCCUUCAUGGACCACCAGGCUGUGGGAAGACAUUACUUGCACAUGCAAUUGCUGGGGCUGAGUGCAGUGGCAUGAUCACAGCUCACUGCAGCUUUGACUUCUCAGGUCCUCCUGCCUCAGCCUCACAGGAACUUGACCUGCCAAUUUUGAAAGUGGCUGCUCCAGAGAUUGUGUCUGGAGUAUCCGGAGAGUCUGAGCAGAAGCUGAGAGAACUAUUUGAGCAAGCUGUGUUAAAUGCACCAUGUAUCAUUUUCAUUGAUGAAAUUGAUGCUAUUACCCCCAAAAGAGAAGUGGCUUCAAAAGAUAUGGAACGAAGAAUUGUAGCCCAACUCCUAACCUGCAUGGAUGAUCUGAAUAAUGUGGCUGCUACAGCCCGGGUCCUAGUUAUUGGAGCUACUAAUCGACCAGACUCGUUAGACCCUGCUUUGAGACGUGCGGGAAGGUUCGACCGAGAAAUAUGCCUAGGUAUCCCAGAUGAAGCAUCCAGGGAAAGAAUACUUCAAACAUUGUGCAGAAAACUGAGGCUUCCUCAAGCUUUUGAUUUCUGUCACUUAGCACACCUAACUCCAGGCUUUGUUGGUGCUGAUCUCAUGGCACUAUGCCGAGAGGCAGCAAUGUGUGCAGUCAAUAGAGUCUUAAUGAAGCUACAGGAACAGCAGAAGAAAAAUCCUGAAAUGGAAGAUUUGCCAUCUAAAGGAGUCCAGGAGGAAAGGCUGGGAACUGAGCCCACUUCUGAAACACAGGAUGAAUUACAAAGGCUGCUGGGGUUGCUAAGAGACCAAGAUCCCCUCUCAGAGGAGCAGAUGCAAGGACUGUGCAUUGAACUGAAUGAUUUCAUUGUUGCUCUAUCCUCAGUCCAACCCUCUGCCAAAAGGGAAGGCUUUGUCACUGUCCCUAAUGUGACAUGGGCAGAUAUUGGUGCCCUGGAAGACAUUAGAGAGGAGCUCACCAUGGCAAUAUUGGCACCAGUACGCAACCCAGACCAGUUCAAAGCUCUUGGAUUGGUGACUCCAGCUGGGGUCCUCCUUGCUGGUCCUCCUGGCUGUGGGAAGACUCUGCUGGCGAAGGCUGUUGCAAAUGAGUCCGGACUAAAUUUUAUAUCUGUCAAGGGCCCCGAAUUACUAAACAUGUAUGUUGGUGAGAGUGAACGUGCUGUGCGACAAGUUUUUCAACGAGCCAAGAACUCAGCACCCUGUGUGAUAUUCUUUGAUGAAGUGGAUGCUUUAUGUCCUCGAAGAUCAGACCGAGAGACAGGGGCAAGUGUCCGAGUGGUGAAUCAGCUACUUACAGAGAUGGAUGGUCUGGAAGCACGCCAGCAGGUUUUUAUUAUGGCAGCCACUAACAGGCCAGAUAUAAUUGACCCUGCAAUCCUGCGCCCAGGCCGCCUGGACAAAACACUGUUUGUGGGUUUACCGCCCCCUGCAGAUCGCCUUGCCAUCUUAAAAACUAUCACAAAAAAUGGUACCAAACCACCACUGGAUGCAGAUGUAAAUUUGGAAGCAAUUGCUGGUGACCUUCGCUGUGAUUGCUAUACGGGCGCAGAUCUCUCUGCUUUGGUACGAGAAGCUUCUAUCUGUGCCCUGAGACAGGAAAUGGCAAGACAGAAGAGUGGAAAUGAAAAAGGUGAACUCAAGGUUAGUCAUAAGCAUUUUGAAGAAGCUUUCAAGAAAGUAAGAUCAUCUAUAUCAAAAAAGGAUCAAAUCAUGUAUGAACGUUUGCAGGAGUCCCUCAGCCGGUGACGUCUCCAGCAGCCAGCUUAGAGGAGCUAGCCCAUCAAGCCGGCAGAGAAUCCCCCACACGCUCUGAAGAACCCGCUUUCAGCUGGACACAGGCGCGGCCUCAUGUAAACAUUUUAUUUUCAAAUGAAUGAGGCCAAGCUGAAGCUGAAGAUUCUUCCCAUCUGGCCAGCCUCGUGUGAAAAUGCCUUCUUCCUCUUUAAGAAAAAGGACAAUUUUUAAACUGCUGAAAUAAAAUGACUGUUACAUUUUUCAAAUAAAACUUUUACUUUGAA